CUGAAUUUUGCAGUAAUUUCAUAGCACAAAUCCUUUGCCUUCUCAGUACUCAUCUUCCAAACCAAAACCAAAAGCGCAUCCUUUAUUUUGGAGCAAUUUCUUUGUGAAGCUUUGAUUUCUUCUUUCUUGUUUUUGUUUCCCCUUUCCUUCCUAACAAAAAUCAAUCUCUAGAUUGUGUUUGUGUGUUUUCAAUUUUACUUGCUUGCAUUUUUUCUCAAUCAUCAAAUUCCAGAUCCUCUCACCAGGAAGUCUAGUUUGAUUUUGAAAGCCCCAAGUAUUACCACAAUCAUGGGCAAUUGCUUCUCGGUACAAUGUAGUUUCGAAAAUAUCCUCAUUCGUGGUUGGGGCUCCAUUGUUGGACAGGCUAAUUACAUGUGCAAGCUUAAAGAAACUCUUCCGGCUUUGGCUGCUGCUCUUGCAGAGCUGAGGGCAAAAAAGAAUGAUAUGCAACGGAAGGUUUAUCUGGCCGAGCACCGACAACUGAAGCGACUCGAACAAGUUCAGCUAUGGCUUUCGGAAGCAGAAAGUAUGAUAACAGAGGCGGAAAAUUUGAUUGCAGUCAACCCUCAACAAAUAAAUAACUUGUGUCUCGACGGCUGCCUCUCCAAGAAUUGCCUAUCUACCUACAAGUUUGGAAAAAAGGUGGCCAAAAUGCUUCGAGACAUAAGGGAUCACAUGAGUAAAGGAGUUUUUGAGGAGGUAGCAGAGACUCAGCCCGCUCCUCCAGUUGUAGUAAGACCUGAGGAUCGGACAGUUGCUCUUGAAUCCACAUUCGACGAGGUAUGGAGCUGCUUCCUGGACAAAGAUGUGGGGAUCAUUGGCCUCUACGGCCUAGGAGGCGUUGGAAAGACAACACUCUUGACCCAAAUCAACAACAAGUUCAGCACAACACCUAAUGAUUUUGAUGUCGUAAUUUGGGCGUUGGUGUCUAAAGAUUACAAUGUUGAAAAGAUUCAAGACAGGAUUGGUGGGAGAAUUGGGUUUUCGGAUGAAUCUUGGAAAAAUAGAAGUGUUGACCAAAAAGCUGAAGAUAUAUAUGGAGUCUUGCACAAGAAGAGAUUUGUUGUAUUAUUGGAUGAUCUAUGGGAGAGGGUGGAUUUGAACAAAGUUGGGAUUCCAGAACCAAGUCAAGAAAACGGUUCUAAACUUAUCUUCACUACUCGAUCUUUGGAGGUUUGUUUUGAAAUGGAAGCUCGAAAGAAAAUUAAAGUGGAGUGUCUGAAACCAGAAGAGGCUUGGAAAUUGUUCCAAGAAAAGGUUGGGGAUGAAACUCUCCACAGCCAUCCAGAUAUUCCAAAAUUAGCUCAAAAAGUAGCAGAAGAGUGUCGUGGGUUGCCUCUUGCACUGGUUAUUAUCGGUCGUGCCAUGGCUUGCAGGACGACACCUGAGGAAUGGAAACAUGCAAUUACGAAGUUGAAGCAAUCCAGAUUAUCCAAAAUGGAAAAUGAGGUAUAUCCGCUUUUAAAAUUCAGUUAUGAUUAUCUGGAUCCCACAAUGAAAUGUUGCCUCCUAUAUUGUUGUCUGUAUCCUGAAGAUUAUCCUAUUCCCACAAAGACAUUAGUGGAGUAUUGGUUUUGUGAAGGACUGUUUGAAUCAGAUAAAAUUAGUGAAGCCCAGAUGGAAGGAGAUCACAUUAUCAACUCUCUUCUUAGGGCUUCUUUAUUGGAAAGAGUGGAUGAAUCAUUUUUUGGAGAAGAAUGUGUGAAGAUGCAUGAUGUGAUCCGAGACAUGGGUUUGUGGAUAGCAUGCGAGCCUGAAGAGGAAGAGAAAGAGAAGAGUUUCUUUGUAAAAGCAGGGGCUCAAUUACUAGAGGAGCCAGAUGUUAAGGCAUGGGAAGGUGCAAAAAGAAUGUCGGUGAUGAAAAAUCAGAUUAAAGUUCUGAGAGGAACCCCUAAAUGCCCUAACCUUCAAACUUUGUUUCUUAGCGAAAAUAGCUUAGAGGUGAUCAGCGAUGGCUUCUUUCAGUUUAUGCCUCAUCUAAUUAUUUUGGAUUUGUUGCGGAACAGUGAUUUAGAAGGACUACCAAAGGGAAUUUCACGAUUGACUUCUCUAGAAUGUCUUGAUCUAUCCGGAACUGGUAUAACAGAGUUGCCAAUGGAGUUGAAAUCUUUGAAAAAACUGAAAAUGUUGGAGUUGAGGAACAUGUGGUCUCUCAGAAGAAUCCCACAGAAUUUGAUAUCUAGUUUUUCCAAGUUGCAAAUAUUCAGGUUGACUGACGUGGAGGCAAUAGGAGGUUUCCCGAAGGAAGACAAUGUUCUGGAUGGGAAUGAUAAUGAAAAGCUUAUAGUGGAAUUGAAAAGUCUGCAACAUCUGAAUAUAUUAAGGAUACCAGAGAUACAAAGCAUGUCUGCUCUACAAAGUUUUCUAAGCCACCACUUGUUUCGAUGCAGCACCGAAGCACUAGAGUUUACUUUUCAGGAGACAAAUAUGUUUAAUGUUUUAUGUUUAGAACACAUGGAGCGUCUGGAGAUGUUAGACAUCCGUGGCUGUGGAAAUAUGGAGGAGAUGAAAAUGGAAAAACUGCAUACCAGGGGUUCUCCGAGUACUAAUUACACUUCACGCUUCCACACAUUGAGGGAAGUUAGAAUUUCUAGUUGUUACAAAUUGAAGGACGUUACCUGGCUGUUUCUUGCUCCAAAUCUAAGGUAUCUUUGGAUAUGGCAUUGUUCAGAGAUGGAAGAAAUACUGAGCGAGGGAAGACUCAGAGAUGUUGCAGAUGAUGUGGGAAUUCCAUACCCUACACCAUUUCUGAACCUUCUAUAUCUUCGUCUAUGGGGACUACCGGAAUUGAAGAGCAUAUACUGGGAUGCCCUACCCUUCCCAUGUCUGAAAAGUGUUUAUAUAGAGGACUGUCCAAAACUGAAGAAGCUUCCUCUCAACUCUGACAGUGCAAAAGGGAAUCACAUCACCAUUAGGGGAUUCCAAGACUGGUGGGAACAGCUAGAAUGGGAGAAUGAAGCCACUCGAAAUGCUUUUAUGCCAUCUUUUGAAGCACAUGUUUAUUGAAGUGAAACAAUGUCAAUUUUUUA